AUGUCGGAUAUUCAAGAUCAUUUCAACGUUCUCAUCGUUUGCGCUUUGGAGUCAGAGCUGCAGGCCGCAAAAGCAGUUCUAGAAAACGGAACGAACAGCAAGUUUGAAAACAAAUACGAACAUUUGAGUGAUCCCGGCAGCCUCAACGUGAGAGUGUGUGAAGGAUGGAAUUCUACCGAGAUGAAGGUGGGCAUGGUCGCACAAACAGAAAUGGGAGGGAGCGAGAGUCAAAGGUUGCUUUCCAAUCUCGCCAAGUACUUCACGGCUACCGUAGUCGUGAUGCCGGGAAUCUGCGCUGGAGAGGAGAAUGUGCAUGGCCAAAUGGAGCACGGUUGUGUGUUUGUCGCCAAGCGAACAACAGCAGAGAUGGGAGGGAGAGUGAAUAAAGGCGGGGAAUUCCAUGCUAGAGCACAAUACUGUGAGCUCAACAGCGGUAUCCUUGCGGCAGUCAAUGAAUUGGUUCACGUGGAUUCUGAUGAAUGGUUGAAGUACGUUCCAGAAACGUCUGUUCGUCCCAGCCCUCGUUAUCUUCAACAACUCAUCCUACACUUUGCAAUGGAGAGUGGAAAGAACGGCAUUACCAAGAGAGAGCUAUUGGACAAGAUGGUGGCCAAGAAAUUGCGUGGAAUGACUCCUCUCACCUAUGAUGAAAUUCUGAACACAAUGCUAAAACAGUCAUCUCCUUAG